AUGACGAACCCGAAGUCCUUCAAGGAGGAGCACCCUCUUGAAAAACGCCAGGCGGAGGCACUGCGAAUCCGCGAGAAGUACCCGGACAGGAUCCCGGUUAUCGUCGAGAAAUCGGAGCGCAGCGACAUCCCUGACAUUGACAAGAAGAAGUACCUUGUGCCUUCUGACCUCACAGUGGGUCAAUUUGUGUACGUCAUUCGCAAGCGGAUACAGCUGAACCCUGAGAAAGCAAUCUUCAUCUUUGUCAAGAAUCUGCUGCCGCCUACAGCUGCAUUGAUGAUGACUGUGUACGACGAGCACAAGGACGAGGAUGGUUUUCUGUACAUUCAGUACAGCGGGGAGAGCACCUUUGGGUCAGAGUGA